GAAUGCAUGGAUAUAAAAAGUCAUCUUGAAGAAGAACAUUUAGCAGUGAUUCCGCUCAAAGGCCGCCUCCACCAAGACAAGUCUUUGUAACAUCGUCUACGGAACGAGUACUCCCGACAGCAGUAGUAGCAGCAGCAACAGCAUCACAGCCAUCUCCAGAACCAGCACAAGCCCCAAAGCCAAAGCCAGCAGCAACCCCAGCAACACCGUCACGUGGUUAAAAUAUGACAGGAACAUCGGCACCUGCGGCCGACCCUUCUUUGAAAGGCUUCAUAAGCAAGGAAGUCCGAAGAGCAAUGAUUCGGAGGCUGUACCUUCUCCUCAUGGCGAUACAGAUAUCAGCGGUUGGGUCUAUCAGUAUCUUUGUCUUUAUCAAACCGAUCACAGGCUGGAUGGAGAAGGAUGGGUUGCCUCUGCUGUACGCUUUCAUUGGGGUGUUUCUUUGGGCCUUUGCCGUCUUGGCUAUAAUCCUCCCAAAAAAGAAAAUGCUUCAAGGAAACGGCAUUCGCUUUAUCAUAUUUAGCUUCACCUAUGCAUGCCUUCUUGGAGCAGUAUCUGGGCAUUUUGCAACCUACAGCUUGCUGUCCGCUAGUGUAAUGAUGGGACUCACCUACCUGUCUGUCGCCAUCUUUUCCGUAAAGGCUGACAUCAACAUGAAGAAGGGGCUGAUUUUUGUCACCGUCGUGGUGUUCGUCGUCAUUGGCGCCAUUUGCAUCGGCACUUACUUCGCCUUUGGACUUUACAAGCUCCGGGACACUGCCAUUGGUGGAGCCAUUGCAAUUGUCAUGUGUGAGCUCUUUACGGCGUCCAUUCAGCUGAUGCUAGCUAAGGACAACCAUGGUUGCACCAAUGAGAACCCCUGUCUGGCUUUCUUUAAUAUAUUUUCGCAUAUGAAGGAUGCAAUUAUCUUUUGGAUUGUUAAUAUUUUGUGUUGCGCCAUAUAGCCUGUGCUGCGAAUGCUGUUCAGAUUCCAAGACCCGGUAGAUUCUCCGCCAUGGCUAGCUGAGACACGACACACGGCAUAUUGUAUGUUUUAUUUACUUGAUAACUAACAAUAUCAGUAAUGUCAAUAUUAAUUUGUUUUAGGUAUAUGGUGUGAUAUUUUCCCGUCUAAGAACUGAAGUGCCUUUUGUUUGGUGGGUAGGUCUACUGAUAUUGAUUUUGUUUGUUUUACUUAACUCGAUCAUGAAUAGCAUUGCUGGUUAAUUAUCUCUGUUCAGAUUUCCCCUGACAGUAGAAUUUCAUCAUCAGCAUUACGACUGGUUUUGUCCCCAAAGUUACAAAGAACAAAACAUAAUUCUUCACAUAUUUACAUGUUCAUUUUGGACCAAGAUUGGAAUGAAAAACUUUGGUCUUAAGUUGUACUGAAACAAUAUGUGCGACAAAGAUGUGGCACAUCUGUCUGGUAUUGAUGUGGCACCCUGGUCCUGGUAGGUUCAACUGACACACACAUAGUGUUAACUGUCUGGUAGUGAUGUUGACACACCCUGGUCUUGAUAGGUUCAACU